CUCUUCGAGGCUUAAGCGAGCAGCGUCGCCGUUUUGGGACAAGGGUCGCAAAGCGGCGACAUACGAAUCCCCGGGCGUGACGGGGGCUUCCGGGUGCGCCCAGGCCGAGUCCAGCUCCUCCGGCGCAAGUAACUUCCAAAGGAGGCGAGUCGCCGCUGCCGCCGUGCAGCUGAGACCGUCCUGAGCUACGCUGGGCCUUUGAGGACCGACUGCCGCCCCCGGCUCACCUUUCAGCGGGGCAGAGGCGACACGGAGCCCUUCCCGCCGCGAGGUCCAGCCUCCUGCAAACCGGCGAGAGGGGCGGGCCUGCGUGCAGCCGCGGCCCCUGGGUGGAGAGCGAGGGCCGGCCUUGAUACCUUCUUGAACAGAGAGAUGUUGAAAUCAAUGUCCGAGACAAAUGGGACAGUACCCCUUUGUGAGUGCUUUGGCCUUGAGACACCCAUACUGUUUGAUAUCCCUUACACAGGGAUUUAAGAAAAACUAAGAUACUAUGCUUGUCUCUGUGGACAUGAAGAACUUGUGCAAUACCUUCUAGCCAGUGGUGCAAAAUGUGAAGCAAACACCUUUGAUGGUGAACGUUGCUUAUAUGGAGCUCUAAAUGAUACUAUUCGGCGGGUAUUGAAAGAAUAUAAGCAGAUCACUGCAAAGUGCAUGAAGAGGGACUACUAUGAUGCCUUUCUUCAGCGGCUUCUAGAACAGGGUUACCAUAGUGACAUUGUUUUUAUUGUUCAUGGGAAGUCUUUCUGUGCCCAUCGCUGUGUACUUGGUGCUCGAAGUGCAUAUUUUGCAGAAAUGUUUGAGACUAAGUGGAAGGGGAAGAAUGUCAUAGCACUGAAACAUCCAUUGAUAAAUCCAGCAGCCUUUAGCUCUCUUCUGCAAUAUCUCUAUACAGGAUGUUUGGACAUAGAUGUAGAAUAUGUAAAUGACUGCAAGAGAUUGGCCAAACAAUGCCAGCUCCAAGAUCUCAUUGAAGACUUGGAAACCAAAUGUAAAAAGGUGUAUGAAUUUGUUUCUUCCAAGCCAGGAACCUGUGUAAAGGUGCUUACAAUUGAACCAUCAGGUAAUUCACAGUUGCAGGAAGACCUCGCUCUACUAGCAGAGUGCGCCUUGCCGGCAGAAUUCAGGGUAGGUUUUGGAGAGUUGCCUUUUGAUAGCACCGACAGCUUCAGCAGUUAUCCUGAUCUGUGUUUCCGAGUGUCAAAUUACAGUUUCUUCUGUCACAAGGCAUUUUUCUGUGGCCGAAGUGACUAUUUCAAAGCCCUCCUAGAGGACCACUUCUCAGAGAGUGAGGAGCUACAAACCCAACCCAGUAUCCCUGUGGUGACUCUCCAUGACAUUUCAGAGGAGAUCUUCAUCAGAGUUCUGUAUUACAUCUAUAGUGAUGAUACAGAGCAGUUGUCUCCUGAAAACGCCUAUGAAGUGCUUUGUGUCGCUGAUAUGUAUCUGUUACCUGGGCUUAAGCGCCUGUGUGGGAGAACUUUGGCACAGGUUCUCGAUGAAGACAGUGUUGUCAGCAUCUGGAAGAUUGCAAAACUAUUCCAGCUGACCCGAUUGGAAGAUCAGUGCACAGAGUAUAUGGCAAGGAUAAUUGAGAAGUUAGUGGAGUUUGAGGAAUUUGCAGCAGCAGUGAAAGAGAAUGCUGACGCAGUGGAAGAGCGGCAGGAGACGGACUCUAUUCCUCUUGUGGACGACAUCCGUUUUCAUAUAACCAGCAACGUUCAAACGUACAGUGCCAUUGAAGAGGCUAACCAGAAAUUAGAUGCUCUGGAUAAUCUUUUGGCUAGCAUUGGACUUGAAUGUUAAUCUGGGAGAUUUUCUUGUGUAAUUAAAUGAAGUAUCAGUUCAGAGUUCAUUUCUGCAAAGUUCACAUCUUUUUCUUUCUAUUUGAUUUUCCCAUUUCUUUAUGUUUUAUUUAUGCUUUCCUUAUUUUUUACAUUGAUGACUACUGCAUCUGAAUUAAUAUUUUAAUUCUUCCAGGAAACAGGUCCCCAUAAGAAUCUGUAGUUUGAAAACAUGGUUAGGUAUAUGUUAUGUUGUUGAUGAAAGAUUUGCAUGUAGUGAAUGUACUAUUUGGCAUACAACCAAUUACUGCAGUCCAAAAAAGCUCAAUGAAAAUGGGUCCAUCCUUCAGAAUAUUGCCAUUCCUGUUGGGUAAAGAAGGAAAUAAAAGCUUUUACUGAAUUAUAAGAAUAUGAAGUUGGUGGACUAAAAGCUGAGAUUGCCUGCUGUUAGACUUACAGCCUAAUCUUCGAAAUGUGCACAGCUGGAACUGAGCAGACCCUCAGUUUUCUAAUCUAGCUGCCUGAUUUAUCAGCUGAUCAAGUUCAUUUACUUUUUUAAAAAAAUUGAUCCUUGAAAUAAAAUAUUUUGUCACCAUAUGGUGCAAAAGCACUUGCCCUCUCCCCUUUUCUGCUGUUUUAUAGGGACACUGAGACAUGAAGGUUUAGUAUAUCUGCAUAUCUGUAGAUAGUAAUGUUCUUUUGAUUUUACUGUGCUUGGGGAUUUACUUAUGUGAUUUCCAAAUUUCAGCAUGGAGUAUGUAUGUACAAGUGACUAUGUUGUACUUGCAUGAUACCACAAUGGACUGAUGGAGCAUUGUUUGCCUUUGCAGUGGAAGCAUAAAUUUGUUUUGUGCAGAUCCCAAUAUUGUGAGGCGAUAGAAGGUAUCACCUUGCUAACUAGUUCUACCCUUUGAUAUAUUGAAUGGCAGAUGAGAAUAUAUUCACAUGUCAUAGUAUAUACAGUGCAAUAUUUUAGGGUAUACAUCAUUUGAUUUAAGUCAUUUCACAUUAAGGUCCCCUAUGUGAAGGUCUGUAUGAAAAUUUAACAAUAUUCUAUUGUUGGACACAGUGAGGUGUAGGUCAUCCAUAUGUACACAGUUCUAAUGUCUACAAUCACCUGUCAAUAACAGAUGUUCUAGCUGGCUCUGUAAUUGAUUGGCAGGUUUCCUAAAUGAGACUGGUGCUGUUUCCCCCUACUGUAUAUAUUCAAUCUAGGGUGUAUAUACAUAGCUUGUGAGAUUAGUUUAAGUACUAAGUUCAGAACAGCAUAGCAGACCUUUCAUCUGCAUCAUCAUGCCAUAUUUUCAUGUUGAAAAGAGACAAUUCGGACUGGUUAUUAAGAUCUUAGUCUGUAUGUAAAUACUGUCUCACCACUGUCCAGUUCAUUAUGUUCUUUGUUAUUCC